UACCAAAGACGGGCAGAGACAAUAGGGCCAUUUUGACCACUUUGGAGUGCGAAAAAGCGGCCGAGCAACCGACCGGUGUCCCCUUCCUUUUCCUCCCCACUGGCAGGGCAGUGCAGAGAGAGAGAGAGAGAGAGAGAGAGAGAGAGAGAGAGAGAGAGAGAGGAGGUGGGUCGGCGGUAACCUCAGCCCUUCCCGUGUUCAUGGAGCGGGGCGGCUGUUAGCAAGAGGCAGUACCAGACCUGGAGGAGACCAGAGGAGGUAGAAGUAGAUACGGAGCUGGAUAAUAAAACAGACGGGCACGACAAACACGGUCUCGACACGGGAGCACGUCGCUAUUAGCACUGCGGAGACCUGCGGGCCCUACACCUGGCCACUAAAGAAGGCACCCCAAGGUGCUUGGAAGACCGCGUCAUGUCAGGGGCCUCUGUGAAGGUGGCGGUGCGUGUCCGCCCCUUCAACUCAAGGGAGAUCGGAAAAGACAGCAAAUGCAUCAUUCAGAUGUCUGGAAACACCACCACCAUCGCCAACCCCAAGCAGGCCAAAGACAACAAGAGCUUCAACUUUGAUUACUCCUACUGGUCCCACACCUCGCCAGAGGACAUCAAUUUUGCCUCUCAGGUGCAAGUGUACAAAGACAUCGGAGAGGAAAUGUUGCUGCAUGCCUUCGAGGGAUACAACGUCUGCAUCUUCGCUUACGGCCAGACGGGCUCUGGCAAGUCCUACACCAUGAUGGGGAAACAGGAUGUCAAGGAUCAACAAGGGAUCAUUCCUCUGCUGUGUGAAGAUCUUUUCACUAAGUUCAAUGACAAUGCAGGCAACAGCAUGUCUUAUUCUGUGGAGGUAAGCUACAUGGAAAUCUACUGUGAACGUGUGCGAGAUUUACUGAACCCCAAGAACAAAGGGAACCUGCGCGUUCGAGAGCAUCCUCUGAUGGGACCUUAUGUGGAGGACCUGUCCAAACUGGCUGUCACCUCCUACAACGACAUCCAGGACCUGAUGGACUCGGGCAACAAGGCCAGGACUGUGGCCGCCACCAACAUGAACGAGACGAGCAGCCGCUCGCAUGCCGUCUUCAACAUCAUAUUCACUCAGAAGCGCCACGAUGCCGAGACUGAUAACACCUCUGAGAAGGUCAGUAAGAUAAGUUUGGUGGAUUUGGCCGGCAGUGAGAGGGCUGACUCUACUGGAGCCAAAGGGACCAGGCUUAAGGAAGGAGCAAAUAUCAACAAAUCUCUAACUACACUGGGGAAAGUCAUCUCUGCUUUGGCAGAAGUGGACUCUGGCUCAAAUAAGAAUAAAAAGAAGAAGAAGGUGGAAAACUUCAUCCCCUACAGAGAUUCAGUUUUGACCUGGUUACUGAGAGAAAAUUUGGGGGGGAAUUCUCGUACUGCGAUGGUAGCGGCCCUGAGUCCAGCUGACAUCAACUACGACGAGACCCUCAGCACACUCAGGUACGCAGACCGCGCCAAACAGAUCCGCUGCAACGCUGUGAUCAACGAGGAUCCCAACAACCGAUUGGUGCGCGAGCUGAAGGAGGAGGUGUCCCGUCUGAAAGAGCUCCUCUUCUCCCAGGGCCUGGGUGACAUCAUUGACACAUUUCGAGGGUCUGGUGCUGACAUAGAGGGUUUGAAAUCGAUUACCCCGACCCCACUUCCUGUACACCCCCCGUGCCCCCCACCCCCGACAGACCUUUCCGAUCACAAGAACAAUAACAAUAAAGGCCAAGCUGUGAAUCAAAGAGAUGAUUUCUCCACAGUGACGAAUGCCAUGACGGGGAUGAGUCCCUCUCCGUCUCUCUCAGUCUUGUCCAGCCGCGCCGGAUCCAUCGCCAGUCUUCAUGACCGCAUCAUGUUCAGCCCGGGCAGCGAAGAGGCCAUCGAGAGGCUGAAGGAAACCGAGAAAAUCAUUGCUGAACUCAAUGAGACUUGGGAAGAGAAACUUCGCCGAACGGAAGCCAUUAGAAUGGAAAGAGAGGCCUUGCUGGCAGAAAUGGGUGUAGCAAUGCGAGAAGAUGGCGGGACGGUCGGCGUGUUCUCUCCCAAGAAGACACCUCAUCUGGUGAAUCUCAACGAGGAUCCUCUGAUGUCCGAGUGCCUGCUCUACUACAUUAAAGACGGCAUCACCAGGGUAGGUCGUGUAGACGCCAGCAGUCGUCAGGAUAUAGUCCUCAGCGGCCACUUCAUCAAGGAUGAGCACUGCACCUUCACCAGUUCUACUGGCCCUACAAGAGAAAUAGUUGUCCUGGAGCCGUGUGAAGGAGCUGAGACUUACGUCAACGGAAAGAGAGUGACCGAGCCCACUGUCCUCAUAUCAGGAAAUCGCAUCAUCCUGGGGAAGAGCCACGUGUUCCGGUUCAACCACCCUGUGCAGGCCAGGGCCGAGAGGGAGAGGACGCCGUGUGCAGAAACCCCUGCUGAGCCCGUGGACUGGGCCUUCGCCCAGAGGGAGCUGCUGGACAAACAGGGCAUUGACAUGAAACAGGAAAUGGAGCAGAGAUUGCAGGAGUUGGAGGACCAGUAUCGCAAAGAAAGAGAGGAAGCCAACAACCUUCUGGAGCAGCAAAGACUGGAUUAUGAGAGCAAGCUGGAGGCUCUUCAGAAGCAAGUGGACAGUUACUACCCAGAAACCCUUGAUGAAGAGGAAGAGCCAGAGGAGGAAGUGCAAUGGACAGAGAGGGAAACGGAGCUGGCUGUGUGGAGCUUUCGUAAGUGGCGGUGCUACCAGUUCACCUCUCUCCGUGACCUGUUAUGGGGCAAUGCCAUCUUCCUUAAGGAGGCCAAUGCCAUCAGCGUGGAGCUCAAGAAGAAGGUCCAGUUCCAGUUUGUGCUGCUCACAGACACACUCUAUUCCCCGCUGCCUCCAGACCUGUUGCCCCCAGAGGCUACCAAGGACAGAGAGAAGCGACACUUCCCACGCACCAUUGUGGCAGUGGAGGUGCAGGAUCAGAAAAAUGGAGCCACCCACUAUUGGACACUGGAAAAACUAAGGCAGAGGCUGGAGCUGAUGAGAGAGAUGUACGAUCGCGCUGCUGAUGUGCCCAACAAUACCGCUGAAGACGGUGAAAAUGUGAAGACCGGAGGGGACCCCUUUUAUGACCGCUUCCCUUGGUUCCGUCUGGUUGGCAGAAACCCCAUUUUCAACACGUGCAUGAGCGAGCGCAUGAGUGACCCCACCCCAUCCCCGACCCUCUCCACCUCUGAAAUUACUGAGCUGGCUGACCCGCAGCGAGAGGGUCGAGGGGAGGAGGAGGAGUUGGAGGAGUUGGAGGAGUUGAAGGAGUUGAAGGAGUUGGAGGACCUGGACGAUGAUAUCUUUUUGGACGACCCGUGCUCGGAGCUUGGGGGAGAGGAUGAUGAUGAUGAUGAUGAUGAUGUGGAUGAUGAUGAGGGAGAACUCUGCCGAGGCUCCGGCGAAGGCCAGGAUCCCUUUUACGACCGCUCACCAUUAUUCAGUGUAGUGGGAAGGGCUUUUGUUUAUCUGAGUAACCUGCUGUACCCGGUUCCUCUCGUCCACCGCGUGGCCAUCGUCAGCGAGAGGGGUGAAGUGAAGGGCUUCCUCCGUGUGGCGGUGCAGGCCAUAUCAGGUGCUUUGUGUUUUCCUCCAGCUGAUGAGGAAGCUCCCGACUACGGAUCAGGAGUGAGGCAGUCGGGCACUGCCAAGAUCUCCUUUGAAGAUCAGCAAUAUGAAAAGUUCCAGUCCGAGACCUGCUCCGUAGGACUGUCCCGCACAGGGGUUUCACAGGAGGAGCUCCGUAUCGUGGAGGGAGAGGGGCAGAACGCAGAACCUGGACCCUCAGCUGAUGAGGUCAACAAUAACACAUCUGGUGCAGAUGAGCUGGAGAGUCCGCUGAAGAGUCAGGACGGCCCGCUUGACACAGCUCUGGAGCACCUGAGGAUCGGUAACGUCUUUACCUUCAGGGUGACCGUCCUGCAAGCCUCCAGCAUCUCUGCAGAAUAUGCCGACAUCUUUUGCCAGUUCAAUUUCAUCCACCGCCACGAUGAGGCCUUCUCCACCGAACCCCUAAAAAACACCGGCCGCGGCCCCCCUCUGGGCUUCUACCACGUGCAGAACAUUGCUGUUGAGGUGACUAAAUCCUUCGUUGACUACAUCAAGACUCAGCCAAUUGUGUUUGAGGUGUUUGGACACUACCAGAAACAGCCUUUUCUUCCAAUCUGUAAAGACGUCAUCAGUCCACUACGUCCCUGCAGAAGACAGUUCCCACGAGUGAUGCCUCUGUCCAAACCAGUACCUGCCACUAAGCUGACGGCUAUGACCCGCCCGCAGGCAGGACCCUGUCACUGCAAAUAUGAUCUCAUGGUGUUCUUUGAGAUCUGUGAGCUGGAGGCCACUGGAGACUACAUCCCUGCAGUGGUGGACCACAGAGGAGGAAUGCCUUGUCAUGGCACAUUCCUACUGCACCAGGGCCUGCAGAGGAGAGUCACUGUUACCAUUGUACACGAGUCAGGAGGUGACAUGGAGUGGAAGGAUAUCCGGGAGCUUGUUGUGGGUCGUCUCCGCAACACCCUUGAAGCUGAUGAGACCAUCAUUGACCCAAAUAUUCUCUCUCUCAACAUCCUGUCUGCUGGUUACGUCAGACCCAUGAGGGAUGACCGACAGUUUCUUGAUUCGGACAUGCCUAGCAUUUCCUUGGGAGUUGACCAUAGGACUUUCUACCGCUUCGAGGCCGCCUGGGAUAGCUCCAUGCACAACUCGCUGCUGCUGAACCGAGUCACUCCGUACGGGGAGAAGAUCUACAUGACCCUCUCUGCCUACUUGGAGAUGGAGAACUGCACCCAGCCCGCAAUCAUAACCAAAGAUAUCUGCAUGGUGUUUUACUCUCGAGACACAAAGCUCUCGGCCUCGCGCUCUAUCCGAAACCUUUUUGGUACUGGAAGCCUAAGAGCGCCAGAUGGAAACCGUGUAACUGGAGUUUAUGAGGUCAGCCUGUGUAACCUGGCAGAUGCAGGAAGCCCAGGUAUGCAGAGGAGACGCAGGCGAGUGCUGGACACCUCGGUGGCCUACGUCCGUGGGGAGGAGAACCUGGCCGGGUGGAGGCCCCGUAGUGACAGCCUCAUUCUGGACCAUCAAUGGGAGCUGGAGAAACUCAGCCUCCUCCAAGACGUGGAGAAGACCAAACACUACCUUCUCCUGAGGGAGAAACUGGAGUCUACCAUGCUUAUGGGCCAGGAGUCCCUGCAGUCCUGCAUCACUGAGGAGCUGAGCGAGUCUCCUCAGCCCCCCGAGGUCGACCAGGAGGUCAGCUCCAGCUCUGAAAUCACCACUGAGAGGCAGAGGGAGCUCGCUGCCAAGUGUUUGCGUCUGCUCACUCACUCCUUCAACCGAGAAUACAGCCAUGUGUGCGUCAGCGCCAGUGAGAGCAAGAUCUCAGAGAUGUCCGUCACGAUGCUAAGAGACUCCGCUUCAAUCUCUGCUCUCAACACAAUCACACCCUCCUCAACAUGCCCGUCGCUGGUUGAGGGUUGCUAUGGGGAUGCUGAACUCAGACCCCCGAUGCCUCGCUCUCGCGCCGUCAGCCCGAGUCCUGACACACAGCAGGACGCGGAGGCCAAGAAGUCCGUCAACGGAGCCUCUGAAGCCAAACCACGGAUCCGCAGAUUUUUCCCUGACAUCCAGGAGAUCAGAGUCAGCCCCAUUGUGUCGAAGAAGGGCUACUUGCAUUUCUUGGAGCCACACACCAACGGAUGGGUGAAGCGCUAUGUCGUUGUGCGGCGGCCGUACGUCUACAUCUACAACGCGGAGAGAGACUCUGUGGAGCGGGCUAUCCUCAACCUCUCAUCUGCCCAGGUGGAGUACAGCGAGGACCAGCAGGCAAUGCUGAAGACCCCGUACACAUUUGCCGUGUGUACAGAACAUCGUGGAAUAUUGCUACAAGCCACUAAUGACAAGGAGAUGCAUGACUGGCUGUAUGCGUUUAAUCCCCUCCUUGCUGGAACUAUCAGGUCGAAGCUGUCGAGAAGACGAGCUGGACCGAUGAGGAUGUAAACAAGACUCACAUCCCAUGAGGGAAGGAUGAACUUGAGAUGUACAUAGAUCCUUGUCCUUAUUCCUCCCUUUGUGCUGACCCCCCCCCCCCCCAACCCCACCACAGUCACCAACAACCAUCUCUCCCCUGUACGUUCACAGUUUAUCACUAGUGUCCUCAGCACCUAAAGCGCCCAUUUCGUGUCAGGCCUUUGCUGCGUCGUGAGUCUCGUAGUCAGAAGAACCUCUCCAAAAAGCUGUCACUGUACUGUACUGGAGUUUAUUCAUAGCUGUACGAUCGAGGAAAAAUGGCGGAAGUAGCAACAGUUUCUUAUCUCAGAACACAUACGUAUGGUAAUGUACUGUAGUUGUUGUCAGUGACACAUCGAGCCUUAUACAUUUACUCCUUAAAAACAAUGCAGUGACAUUUAUUUUUACCUAAAGCUGCCACGUCAGUGAGGAUCACAUUGCUCCAUUUGCAUCAGUAGAUAGAAAAAAAAACAUGCAGAUUGCUCUCAACUCUACAGCUAUACAUAUAUAUAUAUACAGUAUAUACAGUGUGUAAACUGGUUUGCAUACAACGUACAGCUAGAAAGUACACGCUAAAAGAAAAAAAAAAAGACAGUUGAGUGUAACUCUGGAGAAUAAUUCUCUUUUCUUUCUGGUACUUGAAUCUUUAAACUUCUUAGAAACUUUAGCACACAGCCUGGUAAGGGAAUGGCAUAUCAUUGUAGUUCUUGUGGCAUUUUGAUCAAUCCAUGUCGUUUUAGCUACUCGUAGGAGCACCAAGGGCAUCUGCAUUCACACAAUAAGUAAUCACAUGUCGUCACCAUUAAUCCUCCCACGUUGAUCUCAUUCUCUACCUGAAUUCUAUUUGUUUUAAAAUGUGAUAUAUUUAGAUAUUUAACAGCUUUACUAUUUAUUUCUGCAUGUAUUUAUUUACAAAGACAUUUAUAUUUCUAAAGUAGUAGUACCGUGCAAUUUCUGCACACCGCACUUUUUAAUAUGAGUUCCUGAAACAAGGUUGUAUUGUGAAACAAGGUUGUAUUAUGAAUAAUACAAUCUUCCCCCCCCCCCCCCAUGCAGUUAAUGCUUUUAAAACCGUUUAUGAUUGGCCCCUUUCUUUGUGCUGAAGAUUACUUGAAUGACACUAUCCCCCUAAGGAUAGUCACACCUGACCUUUGACCCAACUGAUAUACAUCUGAAAAGGUCACCAAAUUGUUAGGUCGAAAAUAUUAAGGUGGUCUGACCAUCCUCAGCUGCACAAAGCUACUUUGUGAAAUGAUCUAAAGUAUAAACUGUUCCUCACAGUACAGAUGAAGAAACUGGUUUUCUGAAUGAUGUGUACAUUGAUUAAAUGUAGUGCCUCUCUUUUUUCAAUCGUACUGUACAGUAAGCCUCUGGACCAUCAAACUACAUCCUUCAUGCUGCUAUAUUACAGUUCUGGAAGUGUCCGCAGAUCAUAUCACAUCACUUUCCUGCUUUCCAUCGUCGUCAUCACUUACAUAUUCAGACAGAAAAGGUAUCAUUUAUGUCCAUGUUACAUAUCUAAUAUGGCAAUCAGCUGUCAUAUAACACGGAACGUCCAUAACACAGCAGUAUAUAGAGUAUACUUCAUGUCUAAACAGUAAAAACUACUUUAACAUAUUUCAGGAUUGUGUUCAACAAUCAUGUUUUGAAUUGGGGAAAAAAAAAUCAAUGUACACCUGUUCUUUUUUUUUUAUCCAUUCAUCUCAACUUUGAGGAAAAGUGCGACUGAAUUUUCUAUUGAAUUUCAUUCGAGUAUGAAUCUGACUUCAAAAUCAAGUGACAGCUUGUGAGUUGUUGUGUGAAGUUUGAUUGAUGAGCAUGCCUCAGGUCAGCCAGCCUAGAGCGCAUGCUCACUGACAUACGAGGACAACAUCUCACAGCAGCAAACUGUUAAAAGCGCUCUAUCUAACGGCAAAGUACAUUUUAGCAGAGGAUUACAUUGUAACAGCAAAUCGUUUUUAUUUUUGCUGCUGAGGUAAUCCAUACAAUACCAUAUUUUCAGAGGCUGAAAAGUAUUCCGUGUGUCGACUUAUCUUAAAACAUUUUACAACCCGACAUGUGUGCACAACUGUCAGUAGUUGUGGCUAAUCAACAAAGUUUAUGUAACAAAGUCCUGUGAUCAUCAAAGUCUAUCACAGACUUUCUUGGCAGAGACUGCAGUUAUAUCUUAUCCAGCUAUAGCAUCGUCAUUGAGGGAAUUCCCAGCUGUGCAUUACACUGUCUCGAUCACUCAUUUCUGUCUCAUAUCCUUUAAACCCCAGUCUUAAAAUGUGAGCCCGGUAUUGCUCCAGUCUGAUCUCUGUGUUGAGAUUAAUCCCCAUGUUUUCAUUGGGCCUUUUAAUGUGCGUCACAUUUGAGCCAACCAAAGUUUUCUUGGUGCAGUCACACAAAAAUAAAUCACACUGAAUGUACAUUGAUAUUGGAAAAAAGUUAAACUACUGGACUGGUUAUGUUGACUUGUCUUUUGUUUUCACAGUCUGGUUCUUUGUUGAUUGUAGGGUAGGUUACUGCCAGGGAACCAAAUGGAGGUGGUGCGAUAUACCUGUAAUAAGUCCACUGAUGUGUGAGGGGAGCUUGGUUCAUUGUGGCCCUGUUAGGCAUUGCAUCUUGUACAGAGUAAUGCUGUAGGUAACCUUACUGUCUCACUUGUAUUUUUUCCGUCACCAUCAUGCUCUGGCAACCUUCACAAAUCUACUUUUUCUAUUCCCUCCCCCUUUAAAGGAACCUCAUUCACAUUUUUGUGCUUCCAUCUAAUCUUAGUUUUUUUCUAUUUUCAAAUUAUUUCUUUUUUUUUCCUGUCUUCAAAUUAUUUUGCAUUGUAUAUAAACAUGAUUGCUGUGAACAGUGUAUUAUAAAGUUGCACCCAUUUACAAAAUCUUCAAUGGGCAGUAGUUCAGUCAGUGUCUCUGAGUGUUGAGAGUUUAGCGUAAAAUGUUUGUGUACACUAAACACAUUGUCAUAUAUGAAAUAAACAUGGAAAUUAUGCAACACAAA